CCAGCGGUGUUUUUGUUAUGAAAUGAACGAAAAUAAAUUUUCUUGAUUCUAAAUAUUUCUUUUUUUGACUGUCACUUGCCUGUCAUUUGGUAAUGUUUGCAUCGCGUAGCAUACAAGCAGAUCAUAAGGACCUUAUCCAUGAUGUUGCUUAUGACUUUUACGGUAAAAGGCUUGCUACCUGCUCUAGUGAUCAGACAGUAAAGAUAUGGGACUUGGGAGAAGAUAAGCAAUGGAAGUGUACAGCUUCAUGGAAAACUCACAGUGGAUCUGUAUGGAAAGUAACCUGGUCUCAUCCAGAAUUUGGACAAGUUAUUGCAACGUGUUCUUUUGAUAGAACUGUUGCUGUGUGGGAAGAGUUAGGUCCUGAAGGAUCUAUUGGUGAAAAAUCUCAAUCACAAUGGGUGAAAAAAAUCAGCCUUGUUGAUAGUCGAGCACCUGUUACUGAUGUUAAAUUUGCUCCGAAACAUCUUGGUUUGCAACUUGCAACAUGUUCUGCUGAUGGUGUGUUACGAAUAUAUGAAGCUCCAGAUUUUAUGAAUUUGUCCCAGUGGAUUUUAAAUCAUGAAGUUCCGUGUAAACACCCUAGCAGUUGCUUGUCUUGGAAUUUAAGCAGGUUAAAUCCACCUAUGAUUGCUGUUGGAAGCGAUGAAUCAACUCAGGCAACUACAAGUGGAAAAGUUGUGAUUUGUGAAUAUAAUGAGAACAAUAGACGAUGGGCUCGAGUUGAAACUCUGCCAGUCACUGAUCCAGUUUAUGACAUUGCUUUUGCACCAAAUUUAGGGAGGUCUUAUAAUUUACUUGGUGUUGCUACAAAAAAUUUGCAAAUAUUCAUAUUGCGUCCUACGAAAAAUCAAAAUACUCCAGGCAUUCAAGAUGUAUCAUCUAAGUAUGAAAUUAGACAAGCUGGACAGUUUGAUAAUCAUAAUUCUCAGGUGUGGCGUGUGAGUUGGAAUAUAACAGGCACCAUUCUUGCAUCUUCUGGUGAUGAUGGCUGUGUUAGAUUAUGGAAAGCAUCUUUAAAUGACAAGUGGAAGUGUAUUGCAACUCUUAAAGGAGAUGGUACAACAGAAUCUACUGAUAAACAAUUCAAUAGUGAAACUAAUGCUCCAAAACUCGAUCCCGCGAAUCUAAGGCACAAUGCCAAUUAUUUAACUCAAUUCUAAAUCAUUUUUCUUCAAUGGAAAUUUUAAUUUGCAUUUUGCUACUUUUUGAAAUUUGUCAAUCAUGGAUGAAAUUCAAUAUUCUUUUCUUUUGAAAAACUAUUCAUUUCUGUACUGAGUUUGUAUAAAUAAAAUAUUUAAUUUCUUUUUGAACAAA